UGUUAAAUGAAUGAACAAGAGCACGGGAGGGCUGUGGUGGGUGUGAAGGGCCUAGUUGUCUCCUCCGAGCCGGGACCAGAGCCUGGUGCCUGGGCCUGCCUCCAUCCCUGCGUCCACUACCUGUGAUGAUUUUGUAAGGAUGCUGUUCAUUCGCCGCCCCGCCCUUGGUUUUCUCCCUCAGAAAGUGUCAGCAGAGUUCAGGGAUUUUGCAGCUCUGAAGGUUUCCGGCACCAGUACAAUAGCCAGCAGGGUAGGUGAGCCAGGCCUUGCCGCUAGGUGAAUGAGAUUCUCACUUUUUAGCGCUUAGCAAAUCCUUGUUGAGAGAGCUGCCCAAAGUCGUGGUAAUUGCUAUGCAAGAUUGAAUGCAUCCCAUUUUGUUUCUUGCGGAGGGCAGGAUGAAAGAGAUGUUGCCAGAGAGGCUGCUGUGUGUAAAAGAAUAUAUUCUUGUUGAUGAAUCUUAACAAUGAGUUUCUGAUUCAGCACCAGUAGAGGUUUUUGCAGAACUUGUCCCAAAUUUAUGCAUGACUCUUAAUUCUCCUAGGAACCAAGGCAUUAAAUCUUGGCCCAGAUAGGAUGCUUGUAUUACAUUAUGCAUAAUUAUAGAACUGGAAACUCAUUUUUAGAAAGGUGAAAUAUUUUUUCUCCAUUUUCAUCACCCUGAAAACAUCUUCUGUGACCUAAAGAGCGAGAAUAUAAAUCAAGUUAAUGGUCAUUUGAGACUUUUCUAAAGUGACUGGUCAAGUACGAUUUAAUAAAGAGAAAAUCAAAAUCAACUUUUUUUUUUCCAAUAUAAGUUAAAUCACUGUAGUAAGCCUGUAAUGAAAAAAUUGUACACAAAACUUUUACUUUUUUUUUUUACCUGGGGCUGGAGAGAGGACUCAGUAUUUAGGGGGCAAUGGUUGCUUUUCAAAGGAGUUGGGUCUAGUCCCAGCAGCCACAACCGUUUGUAACUUCAGGACCAUGGGGACUGAUGCCCACUUCUGGCAUCCAUGGGUGCUGCAUAUACGUGAUACACACACACACACACACACACACACACACAUACACACUGGCAAAACACCUAUACAUAUACAUAUUUUUAAGGACCUUUUGUUUAUUUUUGUGAGUGGGUGCAUAUGCUUGGUGUCAGGCAAAUUGCCUGACGUCUAUCGUGUGGGUCUGGGGACCAAACCUUAGUUGUCAGGCUUGGCAGAAAACACCCUUACCAUUUAACCCUCCUCUCUGGUCCCAACAUUUUUACAUACGUUUUUAAUGCUGUUCACAUAAGGAGGUGGCAAGCAAAGGUAUUCCAUUACAAUAUGCCAUAUACUUUCCUCUCUUUUAAAGUUUGGAUUAUCAAUUUUGAGUUAUGUGGGCUGGUGUGUGGUAAUUCAGCAGCAGCAGUUCAGUUUGGAAAGAGCAAUUAAAAAUAAUUAACUUCUUUAACAAUAGCUUUGGAUAGUGUUAAAAUAUUUUUUCCCAAGAUUUAUGAGUAUUCGUUCUGUAUAUGUAUGUGUAGCAUGGAUGUGCUUGUCCCCACAGACUUCCUUCAGAAGAAGGCAUUGGAUUCCCUGGAACUGGAGUCACAGAUGCUUAUAAGCAGACAUGUGGGUGCUGGGAACCAAACUUGGGUCCUCUGCAAGAGCAACAAGUGUACUUAAGUCUGAGCUGUUUCUCCAGUUCCCAGUGGUUAAAAAUCUUGAUGAAGAUGAAAACUUGCAAGGCAUGAUGGUUCACACCUCUAAUUUUAAUAUGUGGGAGACUGAAGCAGGAAGAUGGCUGUGAGCAUGAGACUAGCCUGGGCUACAUAGUUAGUUCCUGGCCAAAAUAGAUUGCAGAGUGAGACUGUCUCAAAAAACAGCACAAACCUAACAAGAGCAAAUGAAAACUUUAUAAUUUAGUAAAGCCAGGCUGUCUAGUGCCUGGGAGAUUGAUGGCUGUUGGAUAUUAAACAUUAUACUAGAUUCAAGGAACACAUUUGUGAGCCUGGGGAAAAAAGCGCCUGAGGGAGUUUAACAUAUUUAUCUUUUGAACAAUUUACAAUAGUACAUUACAGUUUCUAUAAUCUCUCUAGCUUAGCCUGGGGCCUUGAACAAAGUAAGAUUCUUAAAUAUGUUUACUACCAGUAGCUAAUUAUGAUGGUUUGUAUAUGCUUGGCCCAGGGAAUGACACUAUUAGGAGGUGUGGCCUUGGUGGAGUAGGUGUUUUACUGGAGACAUGGGCUUUAAGACCCUCAUCCUAGCUGCCUGGAAGCCAGUCUUUUCCUAGUGGCCUUCAGAUGAAGAUGUAGAACUCUCAGCUCCUCCUGCACCUUGCUUGCCUGGACGCUGCCAUGUUCCCACCUUGAUGAUAAUUGACUGAGCCUCUGAGCCUGUAAGCUAGCACCAAUUAAAUGUUGGCCUUAUAAGAGUUGCCUUGGUCAUGGUAUCUAUUUACAGCAGUAAAACCCUAAGACAGAAGUUGGUUCCAGGGACUGGGGUAAUGCUGUGAUAGGCUUGACCAGACUUUUGUUUGGGAAAAUGUAGAUUUUAGGACUUAAGAUUUGGAAAGCAAUAGAAUCCUUUAAUUGGGGCUUAAUGGGCUUAUUCUAGUAGGAAUAUGGAAGACUUUGUUGUUGAGAAUGAUUUGAACUGUGCAGAUCAGGCCCAAGAGGUUUCAGGAGAAGGAUUUCAGUAUGUGGAGUAGAGACUGUUUUUGUGGUAUUUUGGUGAAGAAUAUGGCUGCUUUUUACCAUUGUCUGAAGAGUCUGCCUGAGGCCCACGUGAAGAGAUUUAGAUUGCUUUGAAGAAGGAAGUCUAAAAAACGGCCUGGUAUAAAUUCUAUUGUGUGGUUAAAACAUAUGGUUCAAGGGCUAGAGAGAUGGCUCAGCGGUUAAGAGCACUGACUGCUCUUCCAGAGGUCCUGAGUUCAAUUCCCAGCAACCACAUGGUGGCUCACAACCAUCUGUAAUGGGAUCUGAUGCCCUCUUCUGGUGUGUUUGAAGAUGGCUAAAGUGUACUCAUUAUAUAUAUAAAAUAAAUAAGAUCUGGGGGGCAGGGAGAAAAAAAAACAUAUGGUUCAAGUAUUAAAGGGGCUCCAGGAAGUGAAAUGGAGCUGAAUCCUAUGUUCUAGGAGAGAACAGAUUAAGGAAGUGGGAUUUUGGGGAAAGAUAGGUGCAGGCAUGGUAGUACACACCUUUAAUUCUAGGAGACAAAGCCAAGCAGUUCAAGGCCAGCCUGGAACAGAGCAAGUACUAGGUGAAGGAAAGCUUGAGUCCACAGGUGGGGUGAUACUUGUUUUUAAUCCCAGCGUUCAAGAAAUGGAGCCAUACAGAUCUCUGAGUUCAAGGUCAAUCUACAGAGCAAGUUUCAGGACAGCCACGCUUAAGCAGUGAGGUACUUAGAAAAUAGAAAGCUAGUAAUAGAAUAAGGGAGGCCACGUUCCAGCCCCAGCAAACAGCAGAACUCGGCAGCUUGAGUUCUGAGACAGAUUAUGCAGCUUGCUCAGAGUCAUAUGACUUACAGAACCUGAAUUUAAAUGCCAGGGUCUAUGCUCUUAGGGUCAUCAUAUAUAAAGUAAUGGCUGUUUUAAAAAAAUUCAAGAACAGAUUUAGAACAGAGCACACUCCUCUUCCUUGAUGUAUCUACCAGAGAUAAGAAAUAUGGAUAACAGGCAUGGUAUUAUUUUAGGGAGCCAGUUGAAAAUACAGCAGUGUUUACUUUAUGGGCAGCUGUGAGUGUGGUAAGACAGGGAGAACCUUAAAAUUGGCAGUUGUGUAUAGCUUUGAGAUAGAGGAAUCUUGCUGUAUAGCCCUAGUUGGCCUAGAAUCCCCUACGUAGAUUAGGUUGGCCUUGAACUUGGGGUCCUCCUGCCUUUGACAUCUCUAUGCUGGGCAUUACAAAUGUGUACCACCUUGCCAGCUUUAAAAUUGAGAUGUUAAUCUAAUUGUGAUUGUUUCUUGAUGGUUAGUGUUAGAGAGGUAUGAAGUUUUGAAUGAUUCUCAUGCUCUUACAUCUUGAGUUCAAAGAUGUUGCUUAGGUUUUGGUCUUUUUAAAAAAUUUUUAUAUUUAUUUUAUAUUGUGUUGGCCUGCAUAUAUGUAUGUGUACCACAUGGUGUCUGGUGUCACAGAAGUUAUCUAGAUGAUAGUGUUGGGUCCCCUGGAACUGGACUUGCAGGUGGUUGUAAGCUACCACGUGGGUGCUGUGAACAGAACCAGGGUCCUAUGCAAGAGCAGCAAGUUCUCUCAACUGAACCAUCUCUCCAGCCCUACUUAGGUUGUUAGCAGUGCACUUAUCCUGACUACUUAAUAAACUUUUAAAACAUUAAGUUUCUUCCUUUUGGCCUUCACUUUUCCUGUUUUCUGCCUAGAAUGUCCCAACCCACUUUGCCUUUAUUUCAAACCUAUGUUAACAGGCUUACUACAACAUUUACUUCAUUGUUUUCUAUGGUCCCAAUUAGAAUAGCUAUCUUGGUGCCUUUUACCUCAUUUCUCUCUGUUUCACGUAUUUGAUUGUUUUUUUUUUUUGUGUGUGUGUGUCAGAAUUCCUCAUGGAAAUGAAAGCAGAGUGUACAUGUUUUUUCUCUGUGAGGUUAUAUUAGUAUGUUACACAAUGCCUGGAACAAAGUAGGUUGGUCAGUGCGCAUGAUAGAGCUCACCUGCCAGUACUUAGAUGUUAGAGGCAGGAAGAACAGGAGCUCAAGGUUAUUUUUGGCUGUUAGGAAGUUUGAAGAUAGCCUGAACUGUAUGCCCACUAAGGACCUGAGUUCUCUCUCCUGGACCCACAUGGUGGAAGAAGAACCAACGCCUAUUGAAGGAGAAUCAAUCUCCACAUGGAUGCUGAAGUGGUACACACUUGUACACACACACACACACACACACACGUACACGUACACUACAUAGUUGACUUUUUUUGGUUUGUGUGUUUGUUUUUUGUUUUUGUUUUUUUUCUUUUGUUUUUUAAGCAACUAAAGUAAAUGGUAGAAAAGUCUUGAACAAAAGUAGUCUAAACUGACAUAGUCUUCUGUAUGUGAUGAAGCUAAACAAAGACAAUGUGUAACUAUGUGUCAGUGUUUGUUGUCUUUGGAUGAAAAAUACCUCAACAGAUAAGCUCAGAAGUCUUCCACUAAGAAAACUAGAAAAUUCUUAGGUUUAUGUUUGUGUUGCUUGUGUGAAGUGCCUAGGCCCUCAUAAAGGCCUUCACUUAUGUGAGAACAGUAGGACUGGUUCAACCCUGGACUGCUGUCUUCAUGGGCCUGUGUUCUCUUGUGCUGUGAUACGUAGACACUUGAGUCCGGAUUAAAAACAAAAAGAGUAGUUUUACUGCCUUAAAAUUUCUCCGCAUUUCACUUAUUUUUUUCUUUUUUCAUACUCUGACAACCAUUCAUCUUUUUACUGUCCUUGUAGUUUUCCUCUUCCAGAAUGCCAUACGUAACCAGAGUCAUUCUACACUAUGUACUGUGCUCAGACUGACUUCUUUCAUGUCACUGAAAGAUUAGGUUCAUGAGAGUUUUUGUUCAUUUUUUUGAAACAAAGUCUGAUGUAAUCUAGGCUGGCACUGAAUUUACUAUGUAUCUGAAACUGACCUUCAACUCUUGAUGCUCCUGCCUCUACCUCCGAAGUGCUAAGAGUACAGGUGUUCAACAUCAUACUGGGCCAUGAGAACUUUAUAUGGACCUAGUUUUUACUUCAUUUGUGUAAAUACUUCAUUUGUGUAAAUAAAUUUGUUGGAUCAUAUGGUUAAACUAUGUUUAGGGUUUUUUUUUCUUUUUGGUUUUUCGAAACAGGGUUUCUCUGUAUAGCACUGGCUAUCCUGGAACUCACUUUGUAGACCAGGCUGGCCUCGAACUCAGAAAUUCGCCUGCCUCUGUCUCCCAAGUGCUGGAAUUAAAGGAGUGUGCCACCACACCCAGCUUAUGUUUAGUUUUUGUAGGAAACUGUCAAACUGUCUUCCAAAGUGACUGUACUGCUUUGCAGUCUCAUCAGCAAUGAAUGAGGUUUCCUGUUGCUUCAUUCUCGACUGCACUUAGUUUUAGCAAGUUUCUUUAUUUUUUUAAUUUUCGAACCAUUCUAGUAGUGCUAUAGUGCUCCUAUCUUUAAAAAUGUUUUAUCAUGACAUUGACAUUUUGAGAGUGAUAGUUUUAUUGUGUGUGUGUGUGUGUGUGUGUGUGUGUGUUGUGUGUGUGUGUGUUGUGUGUUGUGUGUUGUGUGUGUGUGUGUGUGUGUGUGUGUUGUGUGUUGUGUGUUGUGUGUGUGUGUGUGUGUGUGUGUGUGUGUGUGUGUGAGAGAGAGAGAGAGAGAGAGAGAGAGAGAGAGAGAAUUCUUGAGCAGGCGAGCACAAGCACAUACAUAUUGCCAUUGUACAUGUGUGGAGGGCCAGAGGACAACUUAUUAGAAUUGGGUCUCUCCUGCAACAUGUGAGUUCCAGGGAUUGAACUUGAACCAUCAUACUUGGUGGCAGCUGAUUUUACAUAUUGAGCUGUCUCAUUGGCCCUGUUAAUGUGAUUUUUGUUUUGUUUUGAAGACAGGGUUUUUCUAUGUAGCCUUGGCUGCCCUGGAAUUUGUUCUGUAGACCAGGCUGGCCUCGAACACAGAUCAGCCUGCCUCUGUCUCCCAAGUGCUGGUAUUAAAGGCGUGUAUUAUCAAGCCUAGCAUUAAUGUGACUUUUUAAACAGUGCUUUAAGAAUACUUUACACUUUCUCAAAUCCCUAGAGAGUUAGAUUGCCCCUGGUUUGUCUUCAGCAUCACUAGCAGUAUUAGCCAGAUUAAAGGAUAAAAUUACUGUUUCUCCUUUUCUUUUAGAAGUGAGUUGCUAGCUGCCAGAUGUAUCCAGCUUUUUGUGGUGGUAUUGUAAUCUAUUAAGUUCAUAGUGAAGACUCAAAAUCAAGUAACGCACACAUGAAAUAACACCUGCUUGGAUAAUUUUUUUUCUCAAAAAUAAUUUUAUAGGGCUGGUGAGAUGGCUCAGCGGUUAAGAGCACUGGCUGCUCUUCCAAAGGUCCCGAGUUCAAAUCCCAGCAACCACAUGGUGGCUCAUAACCAUCUGUAAUGGGAUCUGAGGCCCUCUUCUGGUGUGUCUGAAGACAACUACAGUGUACUUACAUAUAAUAAAUAAUUUAAAAAAUAAUUUUAUGGUGUUUUAAGUAAGUUUUAAGCUGCAUGAAGUCCUUUGGUCAUGGGUUAGACAUGUCUUCAAAUCUAGACCAUCCUGAAAGUAGGUGAAGGGUUUAGGUGCGUUUCCUGGAGGAAUAAGUAUCCGUAUAUUAUUUUAUUUGGAAUUCUGUAAGGAAAAUUUAUUACUCUUGUUUCAUUUAUUAUUUUCCUGAGGCACUGGGAAUUAUUCCUAGGCUUUACAAAUAUUAGACAAGUGCUAUGCCACUGAGCAGUAUCUCACAGUUUUCUUUAAAAAAACAAAACAAACAAACAAAAACCUUGGUGGCACAUGCCUUUAAUCCCAGCACUCAGGAGGCAGAGGCAGGCUUGGUCUACAAAGUGAGUUCCAGGACAGCCAGGGCUACACAGAGAAACCCUGUCUUGAAAAACCAAAAAAAAAAAAAAAAAAAGAAAAGAAAAGAAAAAACCAAAAAACAAAACAAAAAACCCCUCGAAUUUGUGAUUCUCUAGCCUCUGUUUCACUAGGAGCUGGGUUUAUAAGUCUGUGCCAUCAGUCCCCCCCCCCUUUUUUUUUCUUUUUUUUUUUUUAAAUUCUUUGUGGUGUGUGUAUAUCACAUGGAGGUUAGAGGACAAAUUUUGGUAGUCCUUACCUUCUACUUUGGUGGUGGGGGGGGGUUGUUGUGGUUUUUUUGUUUUUGUUUUGGUUUGGUUUUUGGCAGAGUCUCUGUUUCUACUUCAUUGCCAUGGUACUGCAGGCUAGCUGGCACAGCUAAUGAGCUUCUAGACAGUUCUAUCUCCACCUCCCAUCUCAUUGUAGGAAAACUGAGAUUACAGGUGCAUGCUACCACAUUGAGCUUUUUAUGUGAGUCCCUAGGACCCUAAUUCAGGUCAUCAGGAAUAUGUAACAAUUGCUUUUACCCACUGAACCUUCUCCAUUGAUCUAUCUAUUUUUUGAGUCAGUCUGUCUUGCUGAACCUAACUUUUGCCCUUUUGGCUAAACUGACCAGUGAACCCCAGAAUCUACUCUGUCCUGUCUUGCUUUUAUAUAGAUGUUGGGGAUUGGGCUAAGGUCCUCAUGCUUGCUUAGCAAGCACAUUCGCUGAGCCGUCUCUUAGCCCAUUGUUUGUUUGUUUUUUGUUUUGUUUUGUUUGUUUUGUUUUAAGCGCUGACUUAUUUUCUGGCACUACAAGAUGUACUGGGCUCCUCCUUUAUGUUUCCCUAAUUCAGCUCCAGAAUUAGAAUUAGACUGUUCUUUCUUGAGCUCUAGUCCUUUUAGUGGGUACUUAGAAAUCAAGAUGCAGAUACACAGUAUACUUUCCACUAUGGGGUAUGCCCUGUAUUGGUAUACCCUCUCAACUGAAAGAAUUAGGUAGUAUAUGCUAGUGUCCUCCAUGGCAUAUAUAAUUGUCUUUGUAUCUUUCCAUCUAUGUUUCCAUUAAGAUAGACAUGCAGUUUAUACAGAUAAAAAGACAUUCCUUUUGACAUUCAGAGGAAACUUAGAUGUCCUCUUUGUAAUUUGCUUUUCACUGAGAUUGGUCCCACCCCCCACCCCCUCCCUAUCCUGUUAGCCUCACUGUUGUCCAGUCCCUGAUAAUACCUUUUAAUUGCCAGAAAACAUUGUUUUUCUAAUUUGGCAACAGUAUUUGUUCUUGUUAUAGGCCUUGGUCUAGAGGUGCAUUCAAAACAUUGCAGUUUUGUUAUAGAUAUGAUUGCAAAUGAACCAUAAUAACCUGUAUCUUUAUGUUUUGUUUUGGUCAGAGUUUUUUUGUAUAGCUCUGGCUGUCUUGAAACUUGCUUUGUAGAGCAGGCUGCCUGGCACUCAGAGAUCUGCCUGCCUCUGCCUCCUGACUACUGGGUCUAAAGGUAUGUGCCACCACUUCCUGGCACCUUUUUAUCUUGUUAAACAUGAUCUUUAUUAUGUUAUGAAAGAGUAUAGAACCUUGACAUCUUGAUUAUAUUUAUUCCUAGUUGUUUGUUACUAAUUAAAAUAACUUUUCUUAAUUUAAUUAUGUGGUGGUGGAAACACUUGACCAUAAGGCCAGAAGAGUCAGAUGCCUCUAAAGUUGGAGUUUCAGCAAGCUUUUGGAUAAUUACUAUUUCUGUAAUACUAAAAUAAGACAAACCACUAUUCCUUCAUAAUGAUUUAAUCCAGGGGUAGAAAAUAGGACUAUAAUAUUUGUCAAUGCUACAGUUAUUUUAUUACUGAGAAAUUUGACAUUGAAAACACCUUGAUUAUUGGGUAACUGGAGAAGUACCAUUUCAUAAUACUUUAGAUGUGGGAAACUUGUCAAUAUAAACUUAUAUAUAGUUCUGUACAUGAGAAUACUAAAGUCCCAAAGAUGAGAUGACUUCUGAAGUGUUAAAGGUAGUUAAUGUCAGGAAGAAGUUGUGAAAUAUUUUUUCCCUUCCUCCCUCUCUUUCUCCCACUGUACCAUUGGGAUUAAAGACGUGCGCCACCAUGCCCGGCUUACACACAAGUAAUUUUUAAAAAAGAAAGAAAAGCAGUUUUAGUAUUCUUGGGUAUAGAACCCAGGGAGUCAGACUUGAUGAACAAGUUGGAGAGACAGAAUUCAGUGAAAAAAAUGAUACUCAGUGAUAAUCUUUAAAGCUCUCAGAGACCAUAUAUUUGCUCCUUGAGUUUUUGGGUUUUGUUUUGUUUUGUUUUUAAUUUUAAUUGUAUGGAGGUCAGAGAACUUUGUAGAGUUCUCUCCUUGCAUCUCUGUGUGGAUUCUAGAGAUUGAAUUAAGGUUGCUAGGCUUGUUCUGUAAAUACCCUUACCUGAUGAUGACCAAGAAAAAAUACUGUUUAUUCCCUGAGAUAUUAAUGCAGUUUCCUUACAAAAAUUUCAAGAACUUCCUUUUAAAUUACAUAGUUGUAUAUACCAAUUGUAUUUGUAUGCAAUAUCCCUUUGCUUACAUAGACUUGUAAAUUAUUGGUGAAUUUUUGAAAGGUCAUCUUUUAUUCACAAGAGGGUUUUUUUUUUCCCUUCCUGUUACCAUCCUACCUAUCUGAUAUUACCUUUCUUUUGCUGUGAAGGAAGUCUGUGAAAAGACAAGGGGAAGCAUUGAAAGCUGCUAGAAUUUCUGUGUCUUUAUGUUGCAGUUUGAAAAUUGCUACUUCUAAGAGAAGUUAAUGGAAAAAAAGCAGCUUCCAUAAUUUACUCUGAUGGUUUGACUAUUAUCUGCAGUAACUUUUUUACAACCUUCGAAAACCUUAGAAUUGUGGUAUUGGAAACUAGUCAUCUUUACUUUUGUGAUAUUACCUUUAUUACUAUCAAACCAGAGAUUCACUUCCAAGUUGUUCCAUUAUUUACCUCCUACUUUGAAAAACCUUUGAGCUAGAGGCAGCACAUCCUGGGCCUGCAGACCUCUGGGUAAAGGUUGCUGUGGCCCCUUUAAGCGUUCUGUGUGCGUGCAGAAGAGCAUUGAGGGUGGGGCGGGCACUCUUGACAGUGGUGCUCCUGUCCCCGCCCCCGUAGGAGGCGGUUCCCAGCAGCUGACUUGCCAAUGCCGCCGCCUCCCGCCUGCUACCGGGUAUUCCUGCUGAUCCUGCACGGACAUUAGGGCGGACCUCGUCCUGCUAGGGUAGCGAACUACUUUUAACUCCAAGAGAAAACUAGAAGCACAAUGGGAGAUGACAGUGAGUGGUUGAAAUUACCAGUUGAUCAGAAAUGUGAACACAAGCUAUGGAAAGCAAGAUUAAGUGGGUAUGAAGAAGCCUUGAAGAUCUUCCAGAAAAUAAAGGAUGAAAAGAGUCCAGAAUGGUCCAAAUACUUAGGAUUAAUCAAAAAAUUUGUCACUGAUUCCAAUGCAGUGGUUCAAUUGAAAGGACUAGAAGCUGCACUUGUCUAUGUUGAAAAUGCUCAUGUUGCAGGAAAAACAACGGGAGAGGUUGUAUCAGGUGUUGUAAGUAAAGUCUUCAACCAACCUAAAGCCAAAGCCAAGGAACUGGGCAUAGAGAUUUGCCUCAUGUAUGUUGAGAUUGAAAAAGGAGAGUCUGUACAAGAAGAGCUUCUGAAGGGCCUGGAUAACAAGAACCCCAAGAUCAUAGUGGCCUGUAUAGAAACACUGAGGAAAGCCUUAAGUGAAUUUGGUUCCAAAAUCAUCUCACUUAAGCCAAUUAUUAAAGUGUUGCCAAAACUAUUUGAAUCUCGAGACAAGGCUGUUCGGGAUGAAGCCAAAUUAUUUGCUAUAGAGAUUUAUCGAUGGAAUCGAGAUGCUGUGAAACACACACUACAAAAUAUAAAUUCUGUCCAGUUGAAAGAAUUAGAAGAAGAGUGGGUCAAGCUGCCAACAGGUGCUCCUAAGCCCAGUCGGUUUCUGCGUUCCCAACAAGAACUAGAAGCUAAACUGGAACAGCAACAGUCUGCUGGUGGAGAUGCAGAAGGGGGUGGUGAUGAUGGUGAUGAGGUACCACAGGUAGAUGCUUAUGAGCUUCUGGAUGCGGUAGAGAUCCUUUCCAAACUUCCCAAAGACUUUUAUGACAAAAUUGAGGCAAAGAAAUGGCAAGAGAGAAAAGAAGCUCUGGAGGCUGUAGAAGUACUAGUGAAAAACCCCAAGCUGGAAGCAGGCGAUUACGCAGAUUUAGUGAAAGCAUUAAAAAAGGUUGUUGGAAAGGACACCAAUGUCAUGUUGGUAGCUUUGGCAGCAAAAUGUCUUACUGGCUUAGCUGUUGGGCUCAGAAAGAAAUUUGGACAAUAUGCAGGACAUGUUGUGCCAACAAUUUUGGAAAAAUUCAAAGAAAAGAAGCCUCAAGUGGUACAAGCCCUGCAGGAGGCAAUUGAUGCAAUCUUCCUCACUACCACACUACAGAACAUCAGUGAGGAUGUCUUAGCAGUAAUGGAUAAUAAAAAUCCCACCAUCAAGCAGCAGACAUCACUUUUUAUUGCAAGAAGCUUUCGUCACUGCACUUCCUCUACAUUGCCGAAGAGUCUACUAAAACCCUUUUGUGCUGCUCUACUUAAGCACAUCAAUGAUUCUGCUCCUGAAGUCAGAGAUGCUGCAUUUGAAGCACUGGGUACAGCUUUGAAGGUGGUUGGUGAGAAAUCAGUAAACCCAUUUUUAGCUGAUGUUGACAAACUCAAACUUGAUAGGAUCAAAGAAUGUUCAGAAAAAGUAGAACUGGUUCAUGGUAAAAAAUCUGGACUUGCAACUGAAAAGAAGGAAUCCAAGCCUCUACCUGGAAGGGCUGCAGCAUCAGGGGCUGCAGGGGACAAAGACACAAAAGAUGUUUCAGGACCCAAACCAGGACCGUUAAAAAAAACACCUACUGCUAAGGCUGGUGGACCAUCUAAGAAAGGUAAAACAACUGCACCAGGUGGCUCAGCAAGUGCCGGGACAAAGAAUAAGAAAGGAUUGGAGACCAAAGAAAUAGUGGAGCCAGAACUCUCAAUUGAAGUAUGUGAAGAGAAAGCUUCAGCUGUUCUUCCCCCAACCUGUAUUCAGCUUCUAGACAGCAGCAACUGGAAGGAAAGGCUGGCCUGUAUGGAAGAAUUCCAAAAGGCUGUUGAACUAAUGGAGCGAACUGAGAUGCCGUGCCAGGCAUUGGUGAAGAUGCUAGCAAAAAAACCUGGAUGGAAAGAAACUAAUUUUCAGGUGAUGCAGAUGAAGCUUCACAUUGUUGCUUUGAUUGCCCAGAAGGGAAAUUUUUCUAAAACGUCUGCUCAGAUUGUAUUAGAUGGCCUUGUAGACAAGAUUGGAGAUGUGAAAUGUGGGAACAAUGCAAAAGAAGCCAUGACAGCAAUAGCUGAAGCGUGCAUGCUGCCCUGGACAGCUGAGCAGGUGAUGUCAAUGGCCUUCUCACAAAAGAAUCCUAAGAAUCAAUCAGAAACUCUAAAUUGGCUAUCAAAUGCAAUAAAAGAAUUUGGAUUUUCUGAGUUGAAUGUCAAAGCUUUCAUUAGCAACGUGAAGACUGCUCUUGCUGCAACAAAUCCUGCUGUGAGGACUUCUGCCAUCACCCUGCUUGGCGUGAUGUAUCUAUAUGUUGGUCCUUCUUUGAGAAUGAUCUUUGAGGAUGAGAAGCCUGCCCUCCUAUCCCAGAUAGAUGCAGAAUUUCAAAAGAUGCAGGGACAAAGUCCUCCCGCUCCAACGAGGGGAAUUGCUAAGCACAGCACAAGUGCUACAGAUGAAGGAGAAGAUGGAGAGGAACCAGGUGAAGGGGGCAAUGAUGUUGUUGAUCUUUUGCCGAGGAUUGAGAUCAGUGACAAAAUUACUUCAGAGUUGGUGUCUAAGAUUGGUGACAAGAAUUGGAAGAUCAGGAAAGAAGGCCUAGAUGAAGUGGCAGGUAUUAUCAAUGAAGCAAAAUUUAUCCAACCAAAUAUAGGUGAACUUCCAACUGCCUUGAAGGGUCGACUGAAUGAUUCAAACAAAAUCUUGGUGCAGCAGACACUGAAUAUCCUUCAGCAACUGGCAGUAGCCAUGGGUGCAAACAUCAGGCAGCAUGUAAAGAACCUGGGCAUCCCUGUCAUUACUGUUCUCGGAGAUAGCAAGAACAAUGUUCGAGCUGCUGCCCUAGCAACUGUGAAUGCUUGGGCAGAACAAACUGGCAUGAAAGAAUGGCUGGAGGGAGAAGAUCUUUCUGAAGAACUUAAAAAGGAAAAUCCCUUCCUGAGGCAAGAGCUUCUGGGAUGGCUGGCAGAGAAACUACCUACACUCCGUUCCACUCCUACAGAUCUUAUCCUUUGUGUUCCUCAUCUGUAUUCCUGUCUAGAAGAUCGAAAUGGAGAUGUACGGAAGAAGGCCCAAGAUGCUUUGCCAUUCUUUAUGAUGCAUUUAGGAUAUGAAAAAAUGGCUAAGGCUACUGGGAAACUAAAGCCAACUUCUAAAGAUCAAGUACUGGCCAUGCUAGAAAAGGCCAAAGCUAACAUGCCAUCCAAGCCUGCUGCACCUGCUAAGGCCAUGUCCAAACCAAUGGGAGGGUCGGCUCCAGCCAAAACCCAGCCUAUACCAGCACCUGUUGAAGAUUCUGUUUCCAGUACCAUAGAAGCUAAGCCUGAUCUGAAAAAGGCUAAAGCUCCAGGCGUUUCUUCCAAAGCAAAGAGUGUACAAGGGAAGAAAGUGCCAAGCAAAACCACCUUAAAGGAAGACGACGACAAAUCUGGUCCUAUUUUUAUUGUUGUUCCAAAUGGAAAGGAGCAAAGGAUGAGAGAUGAGAAAGGAUUAAAGGUGCUAAAGUGGAAUUUUACUACCCCACGGGAUGAGUACAUUGAACAGCUGAAGACUCAGAUGUCUACCUGUGUGGCUAAAUGGUUACAGGAUGAAAUGUUUCACUCAGAUUUCCAGCAUCACAAUAAAGCCCUAGCUGUCAUGGUUGAUCACUUGGAAAGUGAAAAAGACGGUGUCAUCAGUUGCUUAGAUCUUAUCUUAAAAUGGCUUACCCUCCGGUUUUUCGACACCAAUACAAGCGUUCUAAUGAAAGCACUGGAAUAUUUAAAAUUGCUUUUCACCCUGCUGAGUGAGGAAGAGUAUCAUCUUACUGAGAAUGAAGCAUCGUCCUUUAUCCCCUAUCUCAUCCUCAAGGUUGGAGAACCAAAGGAUGUCAUUCGUAAAGAUGUCCGUGCUAUCCUGAACCGGAUGUGCCUUGUCUACCCAGCCAGCAAAAUGUUCCCCUUCAUUAUGGAAGGAACCAAGUCCAAAAACUCUAAGCAGAGAGCAGAGUGCCUGGAAGAGCUAGGUUGCUUAAUUGAGUCCUAUGGUAUGAAUGUUUGUCAGCCAACCCCAGGAAAAGCCUUAAAGGAGAUAGCUAUUCACAUAGGAGACCGAGACAAUGCUGUACGGAAUGCUGCCCUCAACACCAUUGUAACAGUGUACAACGUGCAUGGAGAUCAGGUGUUCAAACUGAUUGGAAAUCUUUCUGAGAAAGACAUGAGCAUGCUUGAGGAGAGGAUAAAGCGGUCAGCAAAGAGACCCUCUGCUGCACCUGUGAAACAGGCCGAAGAGAAACCUCAGCGCACACAGAAUAUAAACUCUAAUGCCAACAUGCUACGCAAGGGACCAGCUGAGGAUAUGUCCUCCAAACUUAAAAUUAUGUAUCGCACAUAUAGGAUUCAAGCUCGAAGCCUGAGUGGGCAUCCUGAAGCAGCCCAGAUGGUUCGCCGAGAAUUCCAGCUGGAUUUAGAUGAGAUUGAAAAUGAUAAUGGUACAGUCCGCUGUGAAAUGCCAGAGCUUGUCCAGCACAAACUUGAUGACAUUUUUGAACCUGUCCUUAUUCCUGAACCUAAGAUCCGGGCUGUUUCUCCACAUUUUGAUGACAUGCACAGUAAUACAGCAUCCACAAUCAAUUUCAUUAUCUCCCAAGUAGCCAGUGGUGACAUCAACACAAGCAUCCAAGCUCUGACACAGAUUGAUGAGGUCCUGAGGCAGGAAGACAAAGCUGAAGCUAUGUCUGGCCACAUUGAUCAGUUUCUGAUAGCAACAUUCAUGCAGCUAAGACUCAUCUACAGCACACACAUGGCAGAUGAGAAGUUGGACAAGGAUGAAAUCAUCAAGUUGUAUAGCUGUAUCAUUGGCAACAUGAUUUCGCUAUUUCAGAUAGAGAGCUUGGCCCGGGAGGCCUCCACUGGAGUACUGAAAGACCUGAUGCAUGGACUGAUCACCUUAAUGCUGGAUUCUCGGAUUGAAGAUCUGGAGGAAGGACAACAGGUGAUUCGUUCUGUGAACCUCUUGGUGGUGAAGGUUUUGGAGAAAUCAGACCAGACCAAUAUCCUCAGUGCCCUGCUUGUUUUACUUCAGGACAGCCUGCUAGCAACAGCUAGUUCUCCCAAAUUCUCAGAGCUUGUUAUGAAGUGUCUAUGGAGAAUGGUUCGACUAUUACCUGACACCAUCAACAGCAUUAACCUAGACAGAAUUCUUCUGGACAUCCACAUUUUCAUGAAGGUCUUUCCCAAAGAGAAAUUGAAGCAAUGCAAAAGUGAAUUUCCUAUAAGGACUCUAAAGACCCUUCUACAUACUUUAUGCAAAUUAAAAGGACCUAAAAUCCUAGACCACCUUACAAUGAUUGAUAAUAAGAAUGAGUCAGAAUUGGAGGCCCACCUGUGUCGGAUGAUGAAGCAUAGUAUGGACCAGACUGGGAGCAAGUCUGAUAAGGAAACAGAAAAGGGAGCUUCUCGAAUAGAUGAAAAAUCAUCAAAGGCCAAAGUAAAUGAUUUCUUAGCUGAGAUUUUUAAGAAGAUUGGCUCCAAAGAGAACACUAAGGAGGGCCUAGCAGAGUUAUAUGAAUAUAAGAAGAAAUAUUCAGAUACUGACAUUGAACCAUUUCUGAAAAAUUCCUCGCAGUUCUUUCAGAGUUAUGUUGAGAGAGGCCUUCGGGUGAUUGAGAUGGAGAGAGAAAGCAAAGGCCGGAUUCCUACUUCAACAGGCAUUUCCCCUCAGAUGGAGGUCACAUGUGUGCCCACCCCCACAAGCACAGUGUCCUCCCUAGGUAACACAAAUGGAGAAGAAGUGGGGCCAUCUGUCUACUUGGAAAGGCUAAAAAUUCUGCGGCAGCGGUGUGGUCUUGACAACACAAAGCAAGAUGACCGGCCUCCACUGACCUCUUUGCUCUCCAAACCAGCAAUUCCUCCAGUUGCCUCCUCCACAGACAUGCUCCAUAGCAAGCUCUCACAGCUCCGGGAGUCCCGGGAACAGCACCAGCACUCAGACCUGGAUUCCAACCAGACCCACUCUGCAGGAACCAUGACCUCCUCCUCCUCCACAACUAACAUUGAUGACUUGAAAAAGAGACUGGAGAGAAUAAAGAGCAGUCGCAAAUGAAGCUGCCCACCCUCGGCACUCUGCAGCUUUAGUUACUGAUCUAGAAGCCCUGUAGUGUGAAGCGGCCGCUGCAGGCCAUUGUACACAAACUGGUUGUAUGUAUCAGACUGCAGAUGGGAGGAGCAGUGGUGCCUCAAGUCUGCACAUGCUCUGCUUCUAGAAGACUGACUGUGGAUUAGCUUAGUGUACAGACUUUAAACAGCUGCUCCCUCAGCUCAGAGUAGGUUCCAUAUCCUUUUUUUUUGUUUUGUUUUAAUGGCUCAUUUGUAAAAUUGUCCUAAUUUUUCCUAGCUUUCAGCCAUUAGAAACUCUUUUAAUAGUUCCUUUUGAGUUGUGAGCUCUUCUUCUGUAGCCCUGAAGGGACACUGUAUUCUGUAUGAAUGCAUGGCAUGAGACAACUAAUUUAAGAGACUUUUAUAAAUAAAGUUUGCAUUAACUAUACCCAUUUCCCAAAA